AUGACGUCACGAGCGCGGGGGGGGGGGGGGCGAGAAUCAUGGACGAUAUACGUAAGUCGUUCCCACGUCGGGCGACGUCUCCACCACGCUGUCGCCGGCUUGACCCUUUCAACGCGACGCGACUGCCACUCGAGAAUGAAAAUCGUGUUCCUUCACGAAUCAAAGGAGCACCCGCUCAUUCGGUCGCACACGAAUUACCGGCGACGCACACACGCGCACGCCCGCUCACUCACACCGGCGCGCGUAUGCAUUCGGUCGCUCCGAGCGGCGGCCUUAGCCUGGAGCGAACGC